AUGAGAUUACCUCGGCGCGUCCCAUGGAGAGCAAUAGCUGAGCUUGAUCAAGUCUGCUCGUGGAUAUUUGCUGACGAGAACGAUAUCGAUGCAAAAGAACAGGCAGUGAACAGGCUGAUAGCCUGGAAAGCGGUCACAUCUCUGCCGCAUGCUUUAGAAUCCACUUUAAUGAUUCUUUCAGUCACUUUGCUGGACUUUUCGCUAUCCCAAAAAUCAUCUGCAUCUGCAAACUUGCAUCUGCGCCAAAGUUAUGCAACUGCAGUUAUCAGGCUCGUUAAUGGUCUCGUUGACCCCUUACAAGUGGGUGCAUAUGCAAGAUCUAUAGCUGCCAUAGCCGCACAGCUGGGUCUGCCGCCCUGGUUGGUUGAACUCAGACAUGCAGCUACACACGAAGAAUUGCCCAGUCUUGAAUUACUUAGGGAGGCCGCUCGUGAGUCCUUGUCGUGGCUCUUCAAUCACUAUUUUCUACCGACAUUAAAUCCCUCUUCUUCGUCGCCGUCAUCUUCUGCCUUCAUUCGACCCGUUUCACCUCUUUUAAAGCGGUACAAGGCUUUGCUCAAGUUGACGAUCCGAGACGCAUCCGUUCGAAAUCAAUACAAACCGGAUAUAGAGGCAUGUCUGAGAGACAUAGAACGGUGGAUUGCGGAAGGCAAGGUAGCGGCUAGUACCAGCACUGAUACUUUGGGAUGGGAUGACUAUAUGAGUAGGAACGAUGAAGAUGAAGAUGUUGCAGAGAAAUGGGCGUUAGAUAGACUUUGUGUUGAGCUGAUGGAAAGGGGAGCACUCGUGCCCUUGUCAAAGAGGAAACGUGUUCCUUCUACCGAUGAAUUUUGGCCUCAAAAGGAAAAUCUUUCUCUGUGGACACCCCUCCUAUCGCACCUCCAAACGCAUCAUUCUGGGUUUUCAUCUGUGCUAACGAACCGCAUUCUCAGCCAUCUGCUUUCUGAGCAGGCACCUGUAGACGUUACGCUUGACGUGAUCCAACUGGAUCCAGAAGAACCUGGUGUCAUGCAUAUGGAUAUAUCAUAUGACAUGUGCCUUGCUCGAUGGAUCGCCUGGGUGGUCAAUGUCUGGAACUCUGACAGGGAGGAGGGUGACUAUGAUCCAAGGAAGGAAAUCUAUGUCCGUUUAGCUGCAGCUCUGGCACCCGGCAACACCACAAUGUUAACGAGGAGGAAAACGUUAACAUCUCUUCUUAAUGCACUCAGUCAGGGUAAUGCGGAAUUAGAAAAGGCCACCGCGCUUCUCAUUCCCAACUCAGACAAUGUGAAAUGCCAGCAGUGGCAUCAAGAUGAUCUUGCAGAAAUGGACAAACGUUUGCACAUUCUGGUCUCGUGCGAUCCUAUAAAUGGCAAGCCAGACGAUGUCCCUGAAGUGACAGUUACUGCGUCGAGCGAGUCCCACGAGACGUCGCAUCAGGAGAGCCUUCCGUUAGGCUGGAGAUCAUUGAGUCCCAGUUCAUCCUGGAAACCCUGUCCCAUAGGGUUAUAUGUUACUGGUGAAAGCUGAACAUGUCCAUUAAUUUUCCAUUUGUGGAUUGUUAGCCUCCUCCGUCAUUAAAUGCAUUCAUGAUAGUCGGUCCAUGGGUCCGUCCGAAUGAUUCUCAUCAUAGACGUGCUGUGGUAUUUCUCCGCUAUGUACGGAGACAGCGAGGCACAUGCAUUGUACUAGAUCCAUCAGAAUAUACUUCUUUGCUGCGGG